CUUGGCACUGCGAUUGGCUUUUUAUUGCCACCUGUUUUGGUCCCAAAUAAACCUAAUGAUAUUGAUCUAAUGGCACAUAACAUCAGCAUCAUGUUCUAUGGAACAGCAAUAGUGUCCACACUUUUGUUCUUCUUAACAGGAGUUGUGUUUGAAGAAAAGCCCAAAUACCCUCCUAGUCACUCUCAAGCAGUCCUGCAAACUAUGCCUCCCAAGGAUUACUCCUACAAGCAGUCGAUUAUUAACUUAUUCAGAAAUAUUCCAUUUGUGCUUUUGCUGAUCAGUUAUGGUAUUAUGACCGGAGCGUUUUAUUCUGUCUCCACAUUACUGAACCAGAUGAUAGUGACUUAUUAUGAGGGAGAAGAAGUGAACGCUGGGAGAAUUGGCUUGACACUGGUGGUGGCAGGAAUGGUGGGUUCGAUUAUUUGUGGUUUGUGGCUGGAUUACACUAAAACAUACAAGCAAACUACUUUGAUUGUUUACAUUCUCUCUUUCAUUGGAUUGCUGGUAUUUACUUUUACCCUGGACCUUGGAUACCUUAUAGUAGUGUUCGUGACUGGAGGAGUGCUUGGGUUCUUCAUGACUGGCUAUCUCCCACUUGGGUUUGAAUUUGCUGUGGAAAUUACAUACCCAGAGUCUGAAGGCACUUCCUCAGGUCUCCUUAAUGCCUCAGCACAGAUAUUUGGAAUUGUCUUCACACUUGUUCAAGGAAAACUCACAACAGACUACGGUCCUCGUGCAGGAAACCUCUUUCUGUGUGCUUGGAUUUUUGUGGGCAUUAUCUUAACAGCCUUAAUAAAAUCAGAUUUGCGAAGACAUAAUGUCAAUUCAGGGAUUAUGAACUUGGAUGUUAAAGCUGUGCCAGUUGACAGUCCUGCAGAACCUGAAAGUACUACAUUAAAAAGCCAAUCAGCUUUAUAA